AGCAAACGUUUAUCACCUUGGCGACAAGUAAACCGAAAAGAUAGUCGAAAGUUUUUGUUUCAUUUCAACGGUGUGGUAAACAAACAAAAUGAUUCCUCCAAAUGCUUCACUUGUAAAAUACGACAACCCUGUCCUGGUUAGUCGAAACACAGACAAGAAAACACCGAGGGCAAGAGCACUAAAAGUGACACCAGCUCCACCUGCAGGGUCUGGACCAGUACCUAGCCCUCCAGGCAAACAGAAGCUUGCUCCAGUUGAUGCCAAGGCUGCACAGCAGACUGAUGAAAUUCUUAAUUCUAUUUUACCACCAAGGGAAUGGACUGAAGGAGGACAGCUGUGGGUACAACAGGUCUCCAGUACACCAGCAACCAGACUAGAUGUAGUCAACCUACAGGAAGAAUUAGAUAGACGGUUACAACAGAGACAGGCAAGAGAGACUGGAAUCUGUCCUGUCAGAAGAGAACUUUACUCACAAUGUUUUGAUGAAUUAAUUCGUCAAGUAACAAUCAACUGUGCAGAGAGAGGUCUGUUAUUACUCCGAGUUCGUGAUGAAAUUAGAAUGACCAUUGCAGCUUAUCAAACAUUAUAUGAAAGUAGUGUAGCAUUUGGUAUGAGAAAAGCUCUCCAGGCUGAACAAGGCAAAACAGAUAUGGAAAAGAAGAUCACAGAAUUAGAACAAGAAAAGAGAGAUCUAGAAAAACAAGUGAAUGAAUGGAAAAUGAAAUGUGAACAGACAGAAAAGAGAGCAGCUGAACAGAGACAGGUGGAAGAAAAGAAACACACAGAAGAAAUACAGUUUUUGAAACGAACAACACAACAACUGAAGGGACAAUUGGAAGGACUUAUUACUCCAAAGAAAGCAUAGUGAAAUGUGAUACAAACUUGUCAAAACGCAUUUUGUUGAACCAGUUGACUUUUCAUUCCAUUUCGUUGAAGGACUUUAUGGUGAACAUAAAAUUGAAGAUGUUCAGGAAAAUCUAAACCAUUAUUGUAUUGUAAAUUAUAAUGUUGACUAUUUUAUUUAAGAAAAAUACUUGUAUA